UCAACGUCCGGUGUCACGGGGUAGCUGGGAGACGGAGCAAAAAAAGCGGGCAUACCGAAAUCUUUAUUGUUUUCACUCGGCUUAAAACACUUCAACGCGCAUACAUUUGACCUAUACAGUCAAACAACUGCGCCUUGUGGGCCAGUGACCGUCUGGGGAUUUGCAUUUGGCUUUGAAAAUAGUCUCAUUCAUUGGGGUUUGUCCGUAGCUCGUUAGCUCGGUGGCUAACAGUGUCUGCAGCAGCGGCGGGCCUUUUCUUCUGAGCUAGUUAGCUACCGUUAGCAGGCUAACCCAUGCGAACACGUUUUCUUCCUCAAUGAUUUCCUCUGUUGCGUUGUAAAUGAACACCACACCGCCCACGUGUGUGCCGGUUAACGUCGUCUUGUAGUUUUUGUUGUUACACGGGCUGUGAAUUGACUCGAGCUACACCAGCGAGGCGCUUGUGUGUGUUUUUUUUUUUUUUAAGUGUUGUUCACUCUGCUGCUAGCACACGCUAGCCACCGCCGACUGAACAACGCAGUCGCUGAAAUCGUAGCAGCCUUCAACUCACAGAGAUGUCGGACUUCGACGAAUUUGAAAGGCAGCUCUCUGAAAACAAACAAGCACUCUGCACUCCUGCAGCUGAAAGGGAUAAAGAAAACCGCCACCACCGCCGGUCCUCCUCCCGCAGCCGUAGCAGAGAGAGGAAAAGGAGGAGCAGAGACCGGGAUAGACGCAGCAGGGACCGCCGUGGGGACAGUAAGGAGCGCAGACACAGACGCAGCUCACCAUCCAGCUACCCCCAGGACAAUGCUGGAAGCCGUUCUCCACACCGGGAGAAGAAGAAGAAGGUGAAGAAGUACUGGGAUGUCCCUCCACCUGGUUUCGAACACAUCACUCCCAUGCAGUACAAAGCCAUGCAAGCUGCGGGCCAGAUCCCUGCCACAGCCCUUCUGCCGACCAUGACUCCAGAUGGCCUGGCUGUUACUCCCACCCCUGUACCUGUAGUGGGCAGCCAGAUGACCCGGCAGGCCCGCCGACUCUACGUGGGCAAUAUCCCAUUUGGUAUCACAGAGGAGUCCAUGAUGGACUUCUUCAAUGCCCAGAUGCGUUUGGGUGGUCUAACUCAGGCCCCUGGAAACCCUGUCCUUGCUGUACAGAUCAACCAGGAUAAGAAUUUUGCCUUCCUUGAGUUCCGUUCAGUGGAUGAAACAACACAGGCAAUGGCCUUUGAUGGCAUCAUCUUUCAAGGCCAGAGUCUCAAGAUUCGCCGUCCACACGAUUACCAGCCCCUGCCCGGCAUGAGCGAGAACCCCAGUGUCUAUGUGCCUGGUACACAGACAAUUAAUGGUGUGGUGUCGACAGUGGUGCCUGACUCAGCUCACAAGCUCUUCAUUGGUGGCUUGCCCAACUACCUGAAUGAUGACCAGGUCAAGGAGCUGCUGACAUCAUUUGGCCCCCUGAAGGCCUUCAACCUGGUGAAGGACAGUGCCACAGGCUUAUCUAAAGGAUAUGCCUUUUGUGAAUAUGUUGAUGUCAACCUUAAUGACCAGGCUAUCGCUGGGCUGAACGGCAUGCAGCUGGGAGACAAGAAGCUCCUGGUGCAAAGAGCCAGUGUGGGAUCCAAGAACGCCACUCUGACAAGUAUAAACCAGACCCCAGUGACGCUGCAGGUGCCAGGUCUGAACAGCUCAGUGACUCAGAUGGGUGGCCUGCCCACUGAGGUGCUGUGUCUGAUGAACAUGGUGGCCCCAGAGGAGCUGCUGGAUGAUGAAGAAUAUGAGGAGAUUGUGGAGGACGUCAGGGACGAGUGCAGCAAGUACGGUCAAGUUAAGAGCAUCGAGAUACCUCGACCUGUGGACGGCUUGGAGGUGCCUGGAACCGGCAAGAUCUUUGUGGAGUUCAUGUCAGUUUUUGACUCCCAGAAGGCCAUGCAGGGGCUUACAGGAAGGAAGUUCGCCAACAGGGUGGUGGUCACCAAAUACUACGAUCCAGACGCUUAUCACCGCCGGGACUUCUGGUAGAGGAGGCAUGAAGACAAGACAAGACGGGAUGGGGGAGGGAGGGUGGGAACGUGUGCUGUCCAUUUCCAAAUCAGCCCCCCGAUUGAUUUGGUAGAGCAACAUUUCAGGUAGAUCUUGGGAGUAUUAAUGAUUUGACAAAUGGCUUUGGUGAUAUCCAGUUUACCAUUUGAGAUCUACGUGAAAUGCCCAGCAGUUAAAACAGAUACUUGGAAUUGGAAAAGGAGAAUAAUUGGGGAGGGGGGGUUUAUAUUCAGUCCAUAACAGAGGGGGCUGGGUUUGGGUGGAGAGGGUGUAGCUGGGUGGGUGGGGGAGUCAAAGAUUUUUGAGAAAAUGUGUGUAAUAAUAGGUCCGGGGUGGGGUCAACAAUUUUUAUACUUUGUGAGACAGGGAAGUCAUAUUGGGUGGGAGGGGGGUGCCACACUUUAAGGUUUGUAUUUAAAUGGAGGUAGCCUGUUUUAAGAACAUUAGAAAGGAGUUGCAGUAGGGAACUAACUGGACUAUUCUGAUUGAAAAGAGAGAUUGAGAAAACAGGAGUGUUUAUUUGUCAAUGGGAGAUGUGAGGGAGAUGGAGAAGGAAGAUGAGGGCAUUUUUGUUUGACUGUCUAAUGUAGAUAUACAGUAGCUGUAACAUCAACUUCAGUUUUGCCCCCAUCAUUAGAAAGGCAAGAGGAGAGUCCUCAUUUUUGUUUAGUUUUUUUCUUUUCUUUUGGGACUCCAUCAUUUCUUCAUGUUCCGUUUUCAUCAGACUACUGCCCCCCUCAGGACGAGUGUCAGAGAAUCUGUUGUUUAAUUGGACUCUAUCUGAAUGUUAACUGUAAUUAUACUGUGUGUAGCUUCACUGAUUUGAGCUGUAAUAUCACCUUGUAUUCAGGCCGCAGAAUAACAUGAACUGCAGAAAAGAACGUUUGAUUUUCUUUCUUUUUAUUUUCUGUUUUUCACGUCCAUCUUUUGUGCACAGCUUUUAACAGGUGGGAUUGUUUUGUCCUGACAGUCCAAAUCCGGUUUAAUUCAAGAGGAAAUAAACAAAGGAAGAUUGAGAGAGGCAAAGAGAUUGGCAUUUAAUUGUGGAUUUAUCUCUUCCUUACCAAAAAAGCCUUAAUGUUAAUACAUGUCCAAUUCGCUUAUGAUAGAAAUUCGGCUUGCCCCUCUGUCAAUGAUGUCUGUCUGUUCAUAGAUGUCACUAACUUGUACUUUAGCCUUGCAUCACCAGUUUUCCUUUUUCCUUGUUUCCCAGCAGAUUUAGGAUGUAAGAUGUGUUGGACCCGGUUGUUUUUUUGUGCAACGUCUCACCUCUUUGACCAAGACCAAAUAAACACGUGACUAAUAACCACGACUCAUGUUGUACUGCAGAGUAAAACCAAAACCACACAACUUCUUCCUGCUCUGUCAACUUCCAGCCUCAUGUUUAAAAAAAAGAUAAA